GGGGCACUUGAAACGUUGAUGGUGGCAUGCAAAUAAGGACUGGCUCCGAUUGGCCGGGGUACAGCAGGUGCCGCGUCCGGAUUGAUCAAAGCCAGGUGGGCGGGGCUGUCGCGCAGGGCGACUCUCCGGGAGGCGCGUGCCCCGGCUCAGUAGCAUUGGGGCUGGCGCGCGCGACGAAUCUUAACGCCGCGCCGUCUGCGGGCGCUUCCGGGCCACCAGAUUCCCUGCCUUCCACCCUGGCGCCCCCCAGCCCUGGCUCUCCGGCCGCUCUGCCCCGGGCAUCCACGCCCUGCGGGCUCAGCGGAUUCAGCGGGCUCAAUCUGCGCAGCGCCUCCUCCAUGUUGACCAAGCCUCUGCAGGGGCUUCCUUCGCCCCCUGUGACCCCCACGCAGCCUCCAGGUGGCAAGAAUCGGGCAGCUUUCGAGGCCGAAUACCGACUUGGCCCCCUCCUGGGUAAGGGAGGCUUUGGCACCGUCUUCGCGGGACACCGCGUCACGGAUAGACGUCAGGUGGCCAUCAAAGUAAUCUCCCGGAACCGUGUGCUAGGCUGGUCCACCGUGUCAGACUCAGUCACUUGUCCACUUGAGGUAGCACUGCUGUGGAAGGUGGGCGAAGGCAAUGGGCAUCCAGGUGUGAUACGCCUGCUUGACUGGUUUGAGACGCCGGAGGGCUUCAUGCUGGUCCUUGAGCGGCCUAUGCCCGCCCAGGAUCUUUUUGACUACAUCACAGAGAAGGGCCCACUGGGUGAAAGCCGUAGCCGCAGCUUCUUCACCCAAGUAGUGGCAGCUGUGCAGCACUGCCAUGCCCGCGGAGUUGUCCAUCGUGAUAUCAAGGAUGAGAACAUCCUGAUAGACCUGUGCCGUGGUUCUAUUAAGCUCAUUGAUUUUGGUUCUGGUGCCCUGCUGCAUGAUGAACCGUACACGGACUUUGAUGGGACCAGGGUGUAUAGCCCUCCAGAAUGGAUCUCUCGACACCAGUACCAUGCCCUCCCGGCUACUGUCUGGUCACUAGGCGUUCUCCUCUAUGACAUGGUCUGUGGGGACAUUCCCUUCGAGAGGGACCAGGAGAUUCUAGAGGCUGAGCUCCACUUCCCUGCUCAUGUCUCCCCAGAUUGCUGUGCCCUAAUCCGCCGGUGCCUGGCCCCUAAACCCUGUUCCCGACCCUCACUGGAGGAGAUUCUACUGGACCCUUGGAUGAAAACACCAGCUGAAGAAGCACCCAUCAAUCCCUCCAAAGGAAGCCCCAACCCCUUACCCUGGUCCCUGCUUCCCUAGGCCCAGCCAGGCUCUCUGGUUGGAAUCCCAUGGUCAUGCUACAGGGAUAGAUGGACAUCUGUUGACCUGGUUAUACAGGUUGUUAAAAAUCCAGUAUUACUAUGGUCAGGGAAUAAGGAUCAGGGGUCAGAAGAUAGCCAAGUCUGCCCAGUUCCUAUCCCAAUCCUGUGAAGGAGCUCUCCUCUCUGAACCUGGGGUCCCUUGUUUGGGAGGGGGGAGUUACUUGUUUCUUGUUCUGUUAAGGAUGUUUAUUUGGUUGGAUUCCUUCCCUUCUGGGCCCUAAGAUUCUUAUUCUGACAUUGUAGUCCCUACACUGGCACCUCCUAUACUACUGCACAAACUUAGACACUUAGUUCAAAUGCUCUCACUCGGGCAAGGGUGCUUUCCUUAAAAUACCCCAGCAGCUCUUUAGCAAAAGGGCCCUUACCCUGGGAUCUCAUUCAGCUGCUGCUUGCCUGCCUUAGACCAGAAAAUAAUUAUUCUGGGGAAGGUAAUGCCCUAUUAAGCCCUAUUAAUUAGUAUCC